AUGAGCAAUCAGCAAUCUCCGACGGAAUUAAUGUUUUGGGACGCUCACCAGAUCCGCCAGAUAGAUGGCUUCUGGUACCUGGUGAAAUCUGCCGACCACAUGGCCGCAUUCAGGUCACGAUUCCAGCCGAGAAGCGACGACAUCGUCUUGACAACCUUCCGCAAAACAGGAACAACCUGGCUCAAAGCUCUCUGUUACAACAUCCUCGACAAAGAACAAGACCAAGACCUCCUCGCGAUGAAGAACCCCCACGAAGUGGUCCCCACGCUUGAGAACACUUUCCUCGAAGACAGAGUCCAAGAUAUAUUGCUCCGUUUCCCUCCCGCCGGCCGGCUGCUCCACACGCACCUGCCUUAUAGUUACCUGCCGGAGGCGGUGACGGACUCCAGAUGCAAGAUCGUGUACCUGGCUCGGAAUCCCAAGGACACGGUGGUGUCGAUGUGGCAUUUCUACAACAAGUUAUUCAAGAGCGGGCCGGGCGAUGAGCCAUACCCGUUGGAGGGAGCUGUGGAGAGCUUCUGCACUGGGAUUAUGCCUUUCGGGCCAUUUUACGAGCACGUGGUGGGCUAUUGGGAGGAGAGCCGGAGGCGGCCUCAGGAGGUGUUGUUUCUCAAGUAUGAGGAUUUGUGGAGAGAGCCAAAGGAGCAGGUCAGGAAGCUGGCUUCAUUUCUCGGGAAACCCUUUGCCCAGCUGGAGGAUGGAGAUGGCGAGCUGGGGAAGGUGCUGUGGCGGAGUAGCUUGGAAAGGCUCAAGGAGUUGGAGGUUAACAAGUAUGGUAUUGGAGAGCUCAACCAUGUGCUCAAUUCCACCUUCUUUAGGCAAGGAACUGUACGAGAUUGGGAAAAUUACUUGAUUCCACAGAUGGCUCAGCGCAUUGACCAGCUUACCCAGUCUAAAUUGCAGGGGACUGAGCUUUCUCUUGAUGAUUAA